AACUACAAACAUUUGUUUCUUAAAAAAAAAAUUAUUUUCAGUGCUGUAAAGUAAAAUAAUAAUAAUAUACUAGUUAUUUUUAAUAAAAUAAAGUGUAAUGGAAGUGUACGAUGACAUGAACUUUUAUAUUACUACAGAUAAAUUCUAUAUAGAGCCUAAUGGGAAAAGUCAAGUCUUGAUAAUUGAUCGAAUCACCCAAGAAAUCAAUGUUCAAGUGAAAACAAAUCAAAUUCCAAGUACUGCAAGCGUUAGAAAAAUAUGUGGAGUGCUUGGAUCCAUAAAUCUAAUUUCGGGCAAUCACUUAGUUGUUGCAACUCAUCGUGUAGCUGUUGGAUUUGUAAAUAAUCAAGUUAUAUGGCGAUUAGCUGGAUUUGAUAUCAUUCAAUACAUUCCGUCUAUGCUUCAUUUGAACGAAACUCAAAAGAAGGAAAAUGAAACUUAUUUGGCUAUGAUACGUACUAUUUUGGAUACACCGUAUCUCUAUUUUAGCUACUCGUAUGAUAUAACACAUACUCUUCAGAGACUUCACUCGAUGUCUCCAGAUCAGUUAUCGCUUAGCUUAUUAGAGCGUGCUGAUCAGCGAUUCGUGUGGAAUUCACAUCUUUUGCGUUCCUUCCAACGACCUGAGCUCAUAAACUUCUGCCUUCCUUUACUUCUAGGAUAUAUAUCAAUUAAUGACGUGAGUAUUAAUGGUCAUAUAUUUUCGUGGAUUUUAAUAUCAAGGCGAUCAACAAGACGUGCUGGAACACGAUUGUUUUGUCGUGGAAUUGACAAUGAUGGAAAUGUCUCAAAUUUUGUUGAAACAGAGCAGAUUGUCGAGUAUAAUGGAGAGAAAGUGUCCUUUGUCCAAAUUAGAGGAAGCAUUCCAAUAUUUUGGUAUCAAACACCAAACUUGAGACUCAAACCACGUCCAAAACUUGAUAAUACACGUGAUAGUUUGCAGCCAUAUCAAACUCACAUGGAUGAGCUGGUCUUAAAUUAUGGAAAAAUUGUUCUUGUCAAUUUAAUUGAUCACCGUGGAGCUGAAGAUGCAAUGGAAAAGGCAUUUAAGCAGUUAGUAGUUCGAGCUGGAAGUGCUAAUGAGCGUUAUGAAGCAUUUGAUUUUCAUGCUGAAUGUAGAAAGAUGCGUUGGGAUCGUCUGCAUAUCCUUAUUGAUCGUUUAGCACAUGAACAGGAUGAAUUUGGAGUUUUUCAUCUUCGAUCAGGUUCUUUGUAUUCAGCACAAGACGGUGUAUUCAGGACUAAUUGUAUUGACUGUUUGGAUCGUACAAAUGUUGUACAGAGCAUGUUAGCUAAAAGAUCACUUCAGCAGACAUUAACAAAGCUUGGAAUUUUAAGCAAAGGACAGACUUUAGAAAAUAUUGGAAGCAGCAUGAUUGAUUUAUUUAAGAAUAUUUGGGCAGAUAAUGCAGAUUUAAUAUCAAUUCAAUAUUCUGGAACUGGUGCAUUAAAAACUGAUUUUACGAGAACUGGAAAGAGAACAAAACAAGGACUCCUUAAGGAUGGAAUGAACUCGUUAACUCGCUAUUAUAAGAAUAAUUUUAAUGAUGGUUUUAGGCAAGAUGGAAUCGAUUUAUUUGUUGGUAAUUAUAUUGUAAGAGAAGGAGAAGGUGCCGCAAUUCCUUGCCCCUUAGAGCAACAGAAAGAUUGGAAAGUUGCAACGUUCCCAACUGUAUUACUUUUUGCAUUAUCAAUGUUCUUUGCCACAGCAUUAUUCUCGCACGAAUACAACACCGAGUCACUUUUAUUCCUCAUGUUCUGGGGAGCUAUGUGUUUUGGAACUACAAGCAUGAUUUUUCGCAAUGGACGAGAAUUUGUCGACGUUCCAAAACUGAACAUUUUGACACUUCCACCGAGUGACUUUGGACCUUGAAAUUGAAUUUAUUUUUUGUACAAUCAGUGCAAUGAGAAUUAAAGUAGAUGUAGGUAGUUGAACUUUAUUCAAUCAAGAAUACUUUUUAUUGGUGCAAUUAUUCACACCUUACAAUAUACAGCUUUGUGGUAAAUCCCUAAAUUAUAGACAUCAAAUAUAUUACACGUUUAUGACAUUAAAAAAAUGAUUUUAGAUAAAUUCGAAAUAAAAGAUUGUUUCCUUUUCUUAUGGGUUUUAUU